AUGGCUGCUGUUAGUUUACAUGGGCUGAAUCAGCCGCCUGAAAACGGUCUUCCACCGCCUGCUCCUGAGCCGCUACCCUCAAGAACACUGUGGCAGGUGGACGGUGCUGUGUUGCCGUUUCUCGGGGGAUUCGGGAGAUACCAGAAGCGGCUUGUGGCUUUGACCUGGAUCCCAGCGCUGUUCAUUGCGUUCAGUCAAUUUUCGGAUUAUUUUCUCCUUGCGCAGCCUCACAGCACGUGUGUACACCCGGCACUGAGCACAAAUAGUACCGGUGUGGAUGUCCCUGUAAGGAGCAUCGUUGAGAGUACAUCCCCACGCAGUUUACUUGGUAACAGCACCCACUCUGACAGCAGCAGCACGCACUGCCUAUGCGAGGACUGGAGAUUCGAGCUCCAGUCGGGACUGCAGCAGAACGUGGUUACUCAGUGGAGGCUGGUAUGUGAUGAAGAAUGGAAGGUCCACAUAGCCAAGUUCUCUCUUCUGGUUGGAUCCAUAUUUGGCUACCUGCUGAUGGGGGCAGUCUCAGAUUGGUUGGGCCGGCUGCCGGUGUUGCUGGUGUGUGUGUUGUCGGUGCUGGUGUUUGGUGUGUGUGUAGCGUUCUCAGUGGAUGUAGCCAUGUUCAGCACACUGCGAUUCUUUGAGGGCUUUUUUCUGGCUGCAGUCUCACUCACUCUUUACGUCCUCCGGAUUGAGUUGUGUAUGCCCAAUUGGCGCUUCUCCAUGACGAUGGUUGCCAGUUUAGUUGUGGUGGGCGGGCAGCUGCUGAUGCCAGGUUUGGCAGCGCUAUGUCGUGAUUGGCAGAUCCUCCAGAUUGUCAUCAUUGUCCCUUUUGUCCUCAUGUUGCCAUAUGUAUGGGUGUUUCCUGAGUCCCUUCGUUGGUUGUUGGCCACUCAACACUAUCACAGGGCUAAAAGUCAGAUGUACCAAAUUGCUCAGAGCAACUGUGUGGACACAGCUACUGACGGAACUGGUAUUCUCUCAGAGCUGGAGAGAGAACUACAGCAGAAGCCCCAAACCUCCUGCAUCACUGAAUUGAGCAGUACCAGAAACAUGUGGAAGAACAUUGUAGUUCUCUGUGUCAAUUCGUUAACUGGGUAUGGCAUCCACUACUGUUUUGCUCGGAGUGUUCUUGAGGGCAGUACGUCCCAUCUGCACUACUAUGUGUUGGCAGGCAUUGCCAUGGCAACAUGUGUGGCACUCUUCCCAGCAGUGGGAGUGCUUGGCAGGAGGGGAGGGCUUCUCACCUUUAUGAUAAUCACUGCCCUAUCAUCUCUUCUGCAACUCGGCCUACUCAACCUGAUUGGGAAGUACAGUAUCCGACAUGAUGCAGUUCUAAGGGAUACUCUAAAUCGGCGGUUCUCUGUUGCGUUCUCCAUCAUUGGAAUGUUUUCGUCUCAUGCUGUCAGCACACUCAGCAUCUUCUACUGCGCUGAGAUCACACCAACAGUUAUCAGGGGUGGAGGCGUUGGUCUAGUCCUGGCUAGUGCGGGCUUUGGGAUGCUGACAGCACCCCUCAUGGAGCUUCAUAAUCAGAAAGGCUUCUUUCUCCACCACGUCAUCCUCACCUGCUGCACCCUGCUGUGCAUCAUCUGCAUCCCACUGCUUCCAGAGACCAGGGGCCAACCUCUGCCCGAAUCCCUGGCCGAAGGGGAAGGACUGCUGCGCAGACCCAUCCUCCCUGCUGAACAGCACCACCUACUGGCCAGGCCAGAGGUCAGGGAAUACUCCCGCGUCCAGGACACGCCCCUUCACCAAGCCGUCCAACCGGGCAACAGCACAGCCAAUGGCGUGAGAACUUUAUAA